AUGGAGAACAGCACAGAGGUGGCUGCCUUCCUCCUGCUGGGCCUGACCGAUGACCCCCUCCUGCGGCUGCCCCUCUUCCUCGCCUUCCUGCUCAUCUACGCCAUCACUGCACUUGGGAACCUGGGCUUGGUCCUGCUGAUCCUGCUGGACCUGCGUCUGCACAGCCCCAUGUACUUCUUCCUCGGGAACCUGGCGCUGGUGGACUUCUGCUCCUCCUCGGUUGUCACUCCCACGGUCAUGGCUGGACUGCUUACAGGAAACAAGGUCAUUUCUUACAAUGCCUGUGCUGCUCAGAUGUUCCUGUUUACAACCCUUAUUUGUGUGGAAAAUUACCUGCUGGCUGCCAUGGCCUAUGACCGCUACGCGGCAGUGUGCAGACCCCUGCACUACAGCACCACCAUGAGGGCCAGUGUGUGUGUGGUUCUUCUCAUAGGCUGCUAUGUCAAUGGCUUCCUGAAUGGCUGCAUCCACACUGGGGAAACCUUCAGUCUCUCCUUUUGUAACUCCAAUAUGAUCCAUCAUUUUUUCUGUGAUAUUCCACCAGUCAUGGCUCUGGCCUGCUCUGACAAACAGGCUAAUGAGCUGGUGGUUGUUUACGUUGUGAGCUUCCAUAUCUUUUUGGCUGUUGUAUUUAUUUCAACGUCCUACAUCUUCAUUUUUGGCACCAUCCUGAGGAUGCACUCGGCUACAGGACACCACAAGGCUCUGUCCACCUGCGCCUCCCACCUCACCGCCGUCUCCAUCUUCUACGGCACCGCCGUCUUCAUGUACCUGCAGCCCAGCUCCAGCCACUCCAUGGACACAGACAAGAUCGCCUCCGUGUUUUAUAGCAUGGUCAUCCCCAUGUUGAACCCCGUAGUCUACAGCCUGAGGAACAAGGAGGUGAACAGCGCCUUCUUAAAAGUCAAGAGUGUACUCAUUAGGUGGAGGCCCAAUAAGGUGUAG